AUGGUCUCUAAAACACCAGAAGAAAUAGCACCAACACAGCCGAAAAACAAGCUUACUCAGUGUUUCGAUGAUAUCUUGAAAAUAUCAUCUGAGAUGCUUUUGCAACAGCAGUUGAAGACUAUACAAUUGGAUUCUAAGGUAUCGAAUGGGUUCAACGCAUCACAACAACGGUCUUUAAAGGAGAAGAUUAAUUUGUUUCAUGGUAUCUUGGAUGAUCUGGAAAUCUCUAUAGCGAAAAGUUUUGAUUAUGUUGAUACCAUUGUGGAGAUAAGUAAUGAAAAAUUAAUUAAGAAAAAAGAAUUACAAAGAAAGGAAGAAGAAGCAGCAGCAGCUGCUGCAGCUGCUGCCGCAGAAGCACAGGCUCGUGCAGAUGAAUUAAAGAAACAACAAGAUGGACAAUUAAAUGACGAUCAAAAUAUGUUAUCCGAUAUGAAAAUGGAUUUCCCUGAAGAUAAUGAAAAUGACCUGUUAUCCACUUUCAAUCCUGAACCAAUUAAUGUGGAUAUACCCAUAACCACAGCAAACAACAAUAAUAAUAACAUCACUAUCGAUAACAACAACGACAAUAAUAAUAAUAAUAAUAAUAUUCCUGAUUCUUCAAAAAAAUUGGAGUCUCAACAGCCGCAACAAGCCCUCUUUUCAGAUUUGGAUUCUAUGGAUAUCUCCAUGUUUCCUGAUCUAGAUACUAAUACAUUUGAUACAAAUAACAAUUCAAACAAUAACAAUGAUAUAAACAAUAAUAACGGUGCCACAGAUUUAGGAAACGACUUAGAUUUAUCUAGUAUAAACAACGGUGACAAUCUAAUCUCCACUAUGAAUAAUAAUAACAAUAAUACCAAUGCUACCAAUAAUAAUGACAAUAAAAAUAUAGACAAUACUGGUGUUAACGCUACAGGAUUAGAUCUAAAUCAAGAAAAUGACGAUAAUUAUUUGACCUUAAAUGAUUUCAAUGAUCUUAAUAUUGACUGGACAAAUGGAGGCGAAACAGGUGAUCUCGAUCUUAAUGACUUUAAUAUAUAA